AUGUAGCAUCCAAUGCUAUAUAUAAACAAGAAAGACUCCACCUCCCUCUCUCUCUCUCUCUAGGGUUUGCUUGUACAUUUCUUUCACAAUUUUGGUUUACCAGUUGAAAGAGAAAGAGGAUCAACUAUUACCCAAGAAAAGAAAGUUGCAAAAAAGAUAUAUAAUGGGUAGGGGAAGAGUGGAGCUGAAGAAGAUAGAAAACAAGAUUAAUAGGCAAGUCACUUUUGCAAAGAGGAGAAAUGGAGUACUCAAGAAAGCUUAUGAACUCUCUGUGCUUUGUGAUGCUGAACUUGCUCUCAUCAUUUUCUCUAACCGUGGCAAACUUUAUGAGUUCUCAAGCACCUCCAACAUGCUCAAAACCCUUGAAAGGUACCAAAAAAGCAGCUAUGGCACAUUGGAAGUGAGCCGAUCUGUCAAAGACAAUAAUGAGGAGAUCUUUUAUAAGGAAUACUUAAAGCUUAAAGCCAAACAUGAGUCAUUGCAGCGAUAUCAAAGACAACUUCUUGGAGAUGAAUUGGGGCCCCUAAAUAUGGAUGAGCUUGAACAGCUUGAACAUCAACUCGAUACUUCCCUAAGACAUACACGAUCCACCAGGACACAAAUGAUGCUUGACCAGCUUUCUGAUCUUCAAACUAAGGAGAAGUUGUGGCUUGAGGCAAACAAGGUUCUUGGAGGAAAGGUGGAAGAAAUUUAUGCUGAGAACAAAAUUCACCAAAACUGGGGAGGUGGUGAGCAGAGUGGGAAUUACUGCCAGCAGCAUACUCAAACUCAGGGUUUCUUUCACCCUUUGGAAUCCAACUCUACCUUGCAAAUAGGGUAUGAUCAAGCUAGUUCAAGCCAAAUAACAGUUGUAACCAGUGGCCAAAACGUCAGUGGUAUAAUCCCAGGUUGGAUGCUGUGAACGCCACGCCGGUAUUAAGCAUGUAAUAUCAUAAGCAAAUAAAUGCAGUUUAUUCAACUAUUUGAGGACAGUAAAACUUUUCUCUUACUGUAAUUUUUUAUUUAUUUAACGUAGCUGAUAAUACCAUAGUGAAUGGCGACACCAGUUUAAAAGAUAUGUUUCUUACAUGUUGUUCUACGAUGUUUUAUUAACCAUAUGUGAUUUGGAAUAUUUUUGUGA